UUUUUUUUGAAAAGAAAAAAAAAAAAAAAUCUUAUUACUCAUUAUAUUUUGAUAUUUAUUAAUAACGGAAAAAUGGAUGCAAAAAUGGAUAACGUUAACUUUGACUCUACUAGCUCUAUUUUCGAUAACCUAAAUCUUCAUGUCAAACCAAUGGACUCCUCCACUAAGAACGCAAUGGACACGAGACGAGAUCUGGGAGAGCAUCAGAGAAAUGGCGGAGGUGAGCAGAAGGGGACGGACAGUAUACAACAAAAUUCUUCUUCCGUACAAGAAAGACAACAUUAUUUUCAAAGAUCCCAAUCAACGUCCAAAACCAAUAGUAUUGAGGGCAAAUGGAGCUUUGAUUACUAUAGCAACUCCAUCAGACGCCCUCUGCUACUUGUACACGAUCAAUCUAAGCUUCCCAAUGAAGAAAGGAACAAAGAAACAUCGCGAAAGAUAUCUAAGUCAGGUGGAGUUGAUUUUUCAGCACCAAAACCAAAUUUGCAAAUGGAUAUCAAUGAUAGAACACGAUCGCAGCAAGCAACCAUACACAAUCAACGUUUCCUGGAAAGCAAACCAGAAAAAUGUUAUCAACCUUGCAUUUGGUGCAUCAAUUCCAGUUCCCAACCGGAACUGGGACGACAGGAAAAGAUUGUGCCUAAUCCGACAAAAGAACGACAAAUACCUUCUCCCUCGGGAUCAAUCUGGAAAUGUGAUUCCAAAAUUGGAAAAGUGGGAGUUCGGGAACUGCUCGGAAAUGAAUGCAUGGACCUGUUUAUGCCGGUGGAGACCAGAUCUCCAAAUCAAGUCCCGAACAAUAACAGCACACAGCAGAGAAAUAAAGGAUCCAUGCAAAAAUUGAAAAGCUAUCCAGAACUGGUUGACAGGUUAAAGAAUGAUUAUAAGUUUCAUGAAUUCCAUGGAUCUACAGAUAAAUCAUUAAUUGACAAAAAGAAUAGGGAAUUCUUCAAUAAGGAAUUUGGUAUCACUUCUAUUCACCCACUGUUUGUAGAUCAUUCUCGAACUGUUCUUCUGUUUGUAGAUAAUCGUGGAAUCAUGUUUAUGUGGAGUGAAAGGGAAUAUGGCAUGCGUAUUCUGGGAAUUAAUAAAUUGGAAGGUCUUGCGAACUAUCUUUACCAUCCAGGUAAGAUAUGUGUUGUUAUGGAAGAUACUGGUGAGCUGGUACCUGAAGUGGAACUUGUACGUCGUGUAACGGAAAAGUUGGAAAAUGAAGAGUUGGAAUUGGCAGAGAAAAAUAGAAAAAAAAGGUUGGCAAAGAAAAAAAGGUUGGCAGAAGAAAAAAGGUUGGCAGAAGAAAAAAGGUUGGCAUAGGAAAAAAGGUUGGAGGAAAAAAGGAUUGCGAAGGAAAAGAGUACACGUUUUGCCAUUAACCUUUCUGAUUGGUGAGAUUAUGAUUUUUAGAAUCGAAUUUAUUCCGGUUGGUUAUUAUUAUUAUCACGUAAUCUUUUACCUUUAUUUUUUUACAUUGUCUCGGAAUUUUUUUUUGCUGAACAUUAUUGUAAAUAGUGAGUUUCUGUAUAUGUGAGAUGUGCUUUGCGAUUUUAUUAUACU